AUGUCUUUAUCACCAACCCAAGAUUUACUUGAUCGAAUUGAUCGUUUACAUUCAAUUCUUACCAAUGAAUUACCGAGUCUAUCUUCAACAAUUCCAUAUCAUACAACAUCAAUAGAUUAUGUUGAAUCAUCAUUAACAAAUUAUAUUCCAAACAAUAUGUUUCAUUCGAAUAUUAAAUCAGAAUCAAUGAUCAUUGAUGAACUUCAACAAUAUAUUCAAAAACUCGAACGAGAACGAGAGAUACUUCUUCGAUCUUAUAGUAUUAUUCUUCAACUUUUAAAACAUAACAAUAAUACCGAUAAUAAAAUAGAUUUAAUUGACUAUGAUUAUUCAGAAUUGUAA